AUGAAUGAAAAAAUGAAACUGCAAACUGAGCAAAAUAGCGCCCCCGCGAUUUCCUUCGAAAACCGAGAAGAAGUACUCAGCGUAACAGAGGAGAAAAGUGAGAAACAGGAAAAGAGGAAGAAAUUGAAAUGGAAGGAAAUUGAAGGUACAUCAACUACAGAUGUUUCCGAAUCAGAUGCCAAAUUAUCGACAGAGCCAAUCAGUAGCUCCGAUAGCUCAGAUAGUUUCAGGAAAAGGAAACGGAAAAAUAAGAACUAUAAUAAGGAAAAACCCCAAAAAACCGUUAUGUCGAAUCCGUACACGUCGACCGAAAAUUCUUCGACUGAAUCGAGCGAUAGCUCUGAGUCGUCAUCAACGACGAUGUCUGAUAGCUCAUCCAAUUCCAAAUAG